ACCAAUGUUCUUUCAACAUUCUUGCUUGCUUCACUGCUCACGCCUAUGAUGACGAAAACGGCACAGAUAGGUACUCCAGAAUGCAGUAGCGAGUUUAAACCGCAUAUAGUCUUGUUGAAUAGCGAUGCGCACCUUGCGGCCAACUUUUCGCAGAAAGACGCACCAGUUAUCUACGACUCGCUCAACGAACCUCACAACUUUGAUGGCUAUGAGCGCUAUCGAACCACCAAACUCAUGGGCCUGCUACUUCUCCCCCAACUCUGUUCCUCCUCCAGCGAGAAAGGCAACGACGAGGUAAUCAUUUGUGCCGUAAACCCCGGAUUUUGCAAGAGUGAGAAAGUAAAGAAGCUACCCAAUUGGAAUCGAAGGUUCUUGUACCGGUGUUUUGCGAUAACGACUGCAGAAGCCGCAGAGAAUAUCGUAUGGGCGUGUUUGGAAGAUGCUAUUCCGUCCGGAAGUUAUGUGAGAAAUCGUGCUGUCUCCUGGUCCAAUCCAAGUUGUGGACAGAAACGAGCGAGCUCCUUGCGAAAUUGUCCUAAAUCCUCGCCUAUUCGCUUGCACCUGG